AUGCGAGCAGUUGUGGUAAUAUGCUGGGGAUCGGCUGUUCGAAAGCGUCUGCUGGGCACUUCGAAGAAACGUGGUUGGUUUCAGAACUUUGAAGUUAUGCCGCUUUGGGGCCGCUACAGCGGUAUCGAGGUGUUCUUGGAGCUCACCUCGAACAGAAAGGCAAUGAAGCGAGUUGUGCUAUUUGUGAAACACCCUUCCUAUUUUUUCUACAUCCAAAGUGACAAAGAUUGUGCUAAAAACCUACGACGCAAAAAAGGAAGACCCCAGGACCUGGCUUUAGAGGUUGCCGCAAAGCUUGGUCAAAUCCAUAUCGAAGCCCAGUUCUACGAGCUUAGCCCGAGACUACCUGUGAAUCUAACUGUACCACGUGAAGUGACUAUGGAGAGAGAAGGCUGGAAGGGAGAGGCGGCAGCACAGCUUCAACGUGCUUUCCCCGUUGCAGUGCUAUCGCAGCAAAAGUCUCAUCGGAUCCGCGGUCCGCAAGGGCGAGACCCAAACAAUCUUGAUGAUAUUGUUUCGCUCAUGAACCAGUUCACCAUCGGCGAAGUCUGUGCGGAUGGGCCUCUUAGGGAAUCUGAGGAUUCAAGUGAAACAACUGAGAUUGGCGCUAUAGACAAGAUCCAGCGCCACCGCCGCCUCCAGAAAAUCAGUUCUUUCUGGAGGGCACUGAAAGGAAUUAUGGAUGGAUCUGGUUUUCCGGUAGUGCCCAAUGUACUGACUGCCGAAAGAGUUGAAUCUUCCUUGAGCACAAUGAACGACAUAGAAGAUUCCAACGAGUGGCAAGAUCUGCCGACGGAAAUAACAGCGCUCAUCCACGACCAGCCUGGUCUCAAAUUUAGUACAAGGCCAUUGGAUUCUCGCGAAGAUCUAGAAAGGGCCCACGAUUUACUCCAUACUUUUGUUCCAGAGUGGGACGAUACUCCAAAUACAUUGGGAAUUGCCAACCUCGCUAUGUCGGUGCUUUUUGCAUACGGCAGAAUGAUCUCCCGGGAUCGGCGGCCGCAUAUGGGCGAAUUGCUCAUUUUUCGUGAGGCUCCCUACGAUAUUCUCCCAAGAAGAUGCAGUGGUUGUGAUCAACAAGUCCUGGAUGAUCCAUUUCCAUACUGGUCUAAGUACGAACCUAGUCGUUAUGUAUCGUGGGCAGUUGCAGGCGGCUGCGGAAACCCUGGCUGUGGGUUUUCAUACGCUUCCCUCAAACCUUUUCAUAACCAGGUGUGUUGGUCUGCAGCAAACGUGGGUCGAGUGAGCAAGCAAGCUCUUGACAAAGCCGAGGCCCGGCGAGCUCAAAAGCCGAGUACUUGGCUCCUCCGUACUGAGGCAGAGCGGGGAACCCUCCCGGAUGAGAUAGAAGUAAAAUGCCCCUCUUGCCCACAAACAAAAGUCGUGAAAGCGAAGUGGACCAUUCAGAUCCAGCCAAAGCUCUUGAUUCCAUAUCUUUAUUGUGGGGGCACAAAGAAUGGCGCUGAGAAUGGGUGCGGCAACCGUGGGUACUGGGCACCUUUGAAACGAUACAAAGUCACUCGACAGUCUAACAUCUCCCGAUUAUCGUCCCAGUUUGCCCAAGGGGGUUGUAUCUUGAGCGAUUAUCCACGAGAUGGAGGUGUCAUUUUCUCCAAGGAAUCUAUUCCUUUUUCAAUCGCGAAACUGAAGGAACUGAAAAUCGCACAAAAUCAUCAAAAAAAGGGCAAAUAG